AUGGCUGCCACCUCCGUGGAGGACAAAAACUGGCACCCUGUCCCUGAUAACCAGACCAGUUCAGACCCUGUCCCUGAUAACCAGACCAGUUCAGACCCUGUCCCUGAUAACCAGACCAGGUCAGACCUUGUCCCUGAUAACCAGACCAGUUCAGACCCUGUCCCUGAUAACCUGACCAGUUCAGACCCUGUCCCUGAUAACCAGACCAGUUCAGACCCUGUCCCUGAUAACCUGACCAGUUCAGACCUUGUCCCUGAUAACCAGACCAGUUCAGACCUUGUCCCUGGUAACCAGACCAGUUCAGACCCUGUCCCUGAUGACCAGACCAUUGUAGACCCUGUCCUUGAUGACCAGUCCAGUCCAGACCCUGUCCCUGAUGAUCAGACCAUUGUAGACCCUUUUCUUGAUAGUCAGACUAACGUAGACCUUGUCCUUGAUAAUCAGGCCAAUGUAGACCCCGUCCCUGAUAACCAGACCAUUGUACACCCCGUCCCUGAUAACCAGACCAACGUAGACCCCGUCCCUGAUAACCAGACCAAUCUAGACCCCGUCUCUGAUAACCAGACCAAUCUAGACCCCAUCUCUGAUAACCAGACCAGUGUAGACCCCGUCCCUGAUAAUCAGACCGAUGUAGACCCCGUCCUUGAGAAUCAGACCAGUGCAGACCCCGUACUUGAGGAUCGGACCAGUGCAGACCCUGUCCUUUAGUAUCGGACCAGUGCAGACCCUGUCCUUUAGUAUCGGACCAGUGCAGACCCUGUCCCUGAUUUGUCUGAGUCCUGAACUCUGUCACCAUGAAGACAAGCAAUUGACGUUUCACUGAUCUGAGGMCUGUGGAAUUAUAUUAGGACAACAUGUGGCUGUGUCUUAAUUUAUGGGCUGGGUCCUCAUGAGCACYUAGCCCACCUGGACCACGUGGGCCACAUCCUURCCAGUCUGAGUAUAGGCUGCAGGAAACUGCUGUGAAAUGAGAUGGUCUAGCUUUCUCUAGUUUCAGUACUAUUGCAGCAUAAAUUUKAUCAGAUAAGUUAUUAAACUUACUGUAAAAAACAAAUUAUUCGGUUUGUGAUGAAUUUCCAAGCUAGGUAAAAAAAUUUAAACUCCACCGUCUUCGUUUCUCUGUUUAGUUUUGCUGUCGGCACAUUGUUUUCUGCGUUUUAUCACUCGUCAAUAAAUGRGCACUCAUGAGGACGCAGCCCAUGAACUGAGACAGACAGUGAUUUACGUUGAAUAUUGUGAGCAAAACAACACUCUUUAGCAUAGUUUUAGCAUUUAGCUUUAGCUGCCAUCAAUCAGCUGUUACAUUACAUACAUUUAGAAAAGCAGGGAUCAAUCAUCAUGACUGUUUCCUGGCUGGGUUUGUGAUUUGUUGAAAUACUUGGACGUGUAUUCUGAUGUAUAUGGUUUGAGCAGCACUUGUCCAAACUUUAUCUGUUUAUUUCAUGAAAUGUAUGUAAAAAUGAGUGUUUAUUUGUAAUGUUGAAGGAGCAGAAGGCAUUAAAGACAUAAAGGAGUUUAA